AUGAAUGCAGAUAAAUUGAAAAAUUUAAAGAAUUUCUUUGAUUCUGAAUAUUUUACUCCUGAAAUGCUAUUACAAAAUAUUUCAAAAUACAGAGAAUAGCCUGAUAUCCUGAAUUUAUUAUACACUAUUAUGUUAAAUCUAGAAGAUAAAAUAAUUUCAUUCUAUUCUCCAUAAUUUUGUUAAUUGUUAAUCAAAACAGAAAUUCCAUAACUAUUUGAUUUUUUUAAGAAAAAAUGCAGUUAAUCAAGACCUUUAUUUUUUAAUGUAUGAAUUUUAAUAAGAAUAAGUUAUAUUGGUUACUUGGUGCAUAUUUAUAAUUAGAAAAACAGAAAAAAAAGAAAGAAAAAAUAGAUUUGUUUUUAAGGGUAUUAAUUUUUUACUUAAUUAAAAAGCAAAUGGAAAUGUCUAUGGUGAAUGGAGAGUUUAAUGAAAAAACAUUUGAAAUUUAAGAUUAAGAAUAAUUGAAUCAAAUUUUAUUGAAAGAUUUUUAAUAAAAAGAUCUAAGAUAAGAAUAUUUUACAGAAAUGUAGAAAUUUAUGGGAACUCUUAUUAAGCAUUCAUUAGUAUUGAAGGAAUUUCCAAAGGAUGAUAGAAAACUUCAUUUAAAAUUAUUGAUAUAAAAGCAAAACUAAAAUUUAUAAAAAAUAGUGAAAAAAUUCUAAUUUGGAGUAGUAUUACCAUUUUAUGAUGAAUAAGAAAAAGAUAAUAAAUCAUAAUACAUUGUAAAUAUAUUAGAAAAACAUUAAGUGUGUUUUCACACAAAGAAAAGAGUACCUUAUUUGAUAUUAGUUGAAACUAUUAAGUAAUUUAUUUAUUUAUAACAGUUAGUCCUUUAGAUUUAGAAUAGUAUCAAGCUAUUCCAGCUUAAUCUUAACCAAACAUUGAGGUAGCAGGAUAUGUGGAAGCAUAAUUAAAUGAUUAAGGAUUUGAGAAACAAUUGGCAUAGAUUGAAUAGGAAGAACAGAAACUUUAUCAUGAAGCAUUAGAAAAGAUAAUGUAAAUGGAAAAGAAGGGGAAAAGAUAAAGUUAGAUUAUGCAAACUAUAGAUUAAUAUAUGCAGAAACAAGUAUUUAGUAAUUAAAUAAAGAAAAAAUAAAACAAUAAGGACGUUAUUUAAAGUGAAACCUCGAAAUUGGAUAAUGUGUAAAAAAGAAAAGCAUCUUUAAUUAUAGAUUCAAAUCUAUCAUAAACUCAAAAUAAUAAGAAAUCAUAUUCACAAGAAAAAAAUGAUUAAAAAUCAGAAGAAUGUUAUAAAACAUUACAAAAAUUAUUACCAAUUGAGAAAUUGCGUAUUUUGAAAAAAUUUAAAAAAAAAAAACUAUAAGUUUGGGAACAAGUAUAAAAUCUUUAUGUAAAUAGAGUUGGGAAGAAAGAAUUGAGAGUUAUAAAAAAGAUUCUAGAUAUUCUCAUUUCCCUUCAUACAAAAUACGACCAAUUAUUAUAAAGGGAGGAGAUGAUUUAAGAUAAGAAAUGUUUGCAAUUCAAAUUAUGAAAUAAUUUAAUAAAAUAUUCAAGGAAGCUGAAGUUAAUUUAUAUUUAAGACCCUACUAAAUAAUUGUCACUUCAGCCAACUCAGGUAUUGUAGGUAAUUCUUAUAAAUAUGAUCUAGAAUACAUUCCAAAUACUAUAUCAAUUGAUGCUCUUAAAAAGUUGUUUGGUAAUGGUACUAAGACAUUGUAUUAAAUUUAUUAAGAAAUUUUUGGAAGUGCUUUUGAGGAAGCUUAGAAAAACUUUAUUGAAAGUUUAGCUAGUUAUUCUGUAUUUUCAUAUUUGAUGUAGGUUAAUUUUUAAAUAAUAAAAUUAUUAGGUAAAAGAUAGACAUAAUGGAAAUUUGUUAAUUGAUGAUAGAGGUCAUGUGAUUCAUAUUGAUUUUGGAUUUCUAUUACAAACAUCACCUGGUGGUGUAAAUUUUGAAUCAGCACCAUUUAAAUUAACAUAAGAAUAUCUAGAGUUGAUGAUGGGAAAAGAGAGCGAUUACUUUGGUUAUUUCAAAUCAUUAAUGACAAAAGGAUUUUUAGCUUUGAAGAAAUAUGUAAUAGAGAUAGAGAACUUUUUUAAAAUAAUGGUAGAAAAAUCUGAUUUGCCUUGUUUUGCAAAUUUAGACUUAAAAUUAUUUACAAGUAGAUUCUAAUUGAAUGCUACUGACAAAGAAGUAAUUUAAUAUUUGUAACAUUUAGAUUAUGGAUUUAGUAGAUAGAUUGAUCAAUUAGAGUCUAUCAAGUUGGAGAACAGCUCAGUAUGACAAUUUUUAAAAAAGAACUAAUGGGAUAUUGCCAUGA